AUGGCUACCUUCAACAUUCAUCUCACAGCAACAGCAACUGCCACUGGUCAUACAGCAAGCUUUACCUCCCAUAGGGACAGACCCACCAUUGAGGUGCUCUCAGACUCUGAGGGGGAGGAGGAGGGGGAAGAGAUAGACCAGCUCAAGACUGAAGAAUCAGAUGAUGAGAUUAUUAUUUUGGAUGGACCGCCACCCUCCAGGGGUGCAGUCAAUGCCCUGGCGGUGGUGGGAGAAGAAGAUGUGACACCGUCACGCGCGCAAGCGCCGGUCGCGCCACAGCUCAACUCGCCGCGCGCGGCCGUUCGUACUUCAACUCCUACCAACAACACCCGCACCGCGUCCGCAAACGAUGCGCACGCGCACUCAUCCACGACUUUCUCGCGCAAGAACCAGAAGCGCCGUCGCCCUGCGAACACUUCUGAUUCGGAGGAUCGCCAUCAGCCUCGGCCUGUGAAGCAGCCGCGGUCUCGCGCACCGUCGCCCCCUUCGGUCCCAUCCCCCCAGUCGCCCACGGGCUCGAGACGUCCCCCGCGCCCACAUGCGUCUCCGCUUGCGAGCUCGUCGUCGCGGGUAACUGCUCCGGUCACGCCCCGCCCCGGCACGUCGACCUCACGUGCUUCGGAUGUUCGGUCACGGUUCGAACUCGUUGACCGAGAGACGCUGGACAAGGCCGCGGCAUUGAUCGAGGAAGCGCUCACCGUUCUCAACGCCAACAACCGCGCCGACUCUGGUGACGGUAACGAUGGUGGUAACGCGAUGGACGUCGACGACGACACCGAAGUGGGCGGCCCGGGUCCCGACGCGGGCGAAACGCUCGACAAUGAUGCGUUGAUGGGCGACGUAUCUUCCACCAUUGUUGAGAAUGAACGUGACGACCCCGCGUACAAUUUUAGGCGGAGCAAGAUGUUCUUGCGCGUAUUGAGGGAGAGCGAACGCGCUCUCCGCAAGCUACGUGUACCCGCGUCGACUGCUCGCGCGAGCAAGAUCGUGCCGCACACGUCGAGCGCCGAUGACUGGACGGACGAGUCGCGCGAUGCGGCAAAGCCGAAAUCGUCCAUGAAGAAGUCGUCUGCGAACUUCAGCUCGACGCCAUCUUCCAGCAAAACGAAGACCGUGCGUUUCGCGUCCGAGGAAGAAGUCGCCGAGCCACCUACGGCUGCGAAAUCGCCCGUGGCCGGCAGAACCCCUUCGGCUGGGCCGUCGACUUCGGUGUUGAAGCCUCCUCCGGUCGUCACUUAUCCCGCCUCCGCCAAACCGCCUAGCUACGGCAAGCCGUCUGCUGCCGCCGAACCAUCUACGGUUCUCCAGCCGCCUACGACUGUCGCCACCCCUACGGUUGUUCCACCGCCAAUGAUCGUCGGACCCCCUCCGGCCGUCGAAGCCCCCGCACCUGUUGAAGAACCGAUAACCGCCGACCCUCUCUCCCUCGAGGAGGAGCGAAAGCUCAUCCACCAAGCCAAGCUCUGGGCCGCGAUCACUCGCGGCUUUAUAUCCGACAAAGCCACCCGCGCUCUCAACCACGACGCGUUGCUGGACUCUCUGCACGACGCGAGCGGUGCGGGCUUGUCGGCGCGGGUGCUUGUGGACUCGAGGCUGUACGCGGCUUUGAAGAGGUUGGCGGGGCUGAGCGCCGCGGAGGAGAUGUUCAAGGCUGUUGGGUUGGCGAGGACGAUGGUUAGGUUUUGGGAGAGGAAGUUCGGGGAGGAGCUGAAGGACCGUGUUUGA